CUGCAGUUUGUGAUGGAAAAUUUAUGUUGACUGAUUCCUCUGGGUUUUUUCACUCUAUGAAUUAUCCAAAACCAUAUAAUGCAAAUAUUGUUUGCCAAUGGAUUAUACUAGUGCCUCAAGGGUUAUCCAUUAAACUGAACUUCACUUCUUUUCAUACGCAAGAAUAUGCAGACAUUUUAAAUAUUUUUGAAGGUAUAGGCCAAAACAAGAUUUUAAGAGCUUCUCUGUCAGGGCCUAAUCCUGAGACAAUUUACAUUUUUUCUCAUGAGGCUACAGCACUGUUUAUAUCCGAUUAUUCUGAAAAUUACAAUGGCUUUAACGCAAUGUACACUGCAUUUAAUGCAACUGAACUAAACAAUUAUGAGAAAGUCAAUUGCACUUUUGAAGAUGGUUUUUGUUACUGGAUACAAGAUUUAAAUGAUGACUCAGACUGGGAGAGAGUUCAGGGCCCUACCUUUCCCUUUAUGAGUGGUCCUGAUUUUGAUCAUACAUUUGGCAACAUGUCAGGAUUUUAUAUUUCAACACCCAUAGGACUAGGGUUCGGAGAAGAGAGAGUCCGGAUUAUGAGUUUGCCUUUGGUCUCUUCAGAUCCAUAUUGUCUAAGCUUUUGGUAUUUCAUGUACAGUCCUAAUGUUUACCGUUUAAGUGUUAGUAUAACUAAUGAGCAUGGUUUGGAAAAGAUCAUUUUCCAGAAAGAAGGAAACUAUGGAAACAACUGGAAUUAUGGACAAGUAACUCUAAACGAAACAUCUGAUUUUAAGAUUACUUUUGAUGGUUUUAAAAAGCGUGGUCCCAGUGAUAUUGCCUUGGAUGACAUUGGCCUGACAAAGGGAAGGUGUAAUGAAAGUAUGUAUGUAGAGCCAACUGUGAUUCCAGCUGUUACUCCUGCCCCUUCAGUUCCCACUGACUGUGGAGGGCCAGUUGAUCUCUGGGAGCCAAACAGUACAUUCAGUUCUGAAAAUUUUCCAAAUGAUUACCCUAAUCGAGCAUUUUGUGUGUGGUACUUAAACGCUGAACAGGGAAAAAACAUUCAACUUCAUUUUCAGGUUUUUGAUCUGGAAAAUAUUAAUGAUGUAGUUGAAGUCAGAGAUGGCAGAGGACCGAAUUCCUUACUUUUGGCUGUCUAUACAGGACAAGGCCCAUUGCCAGAUGUCUUCUCUACAACAAACCAGAUGACAGUAAUCCUCCUUACAGACAAGUCUGAAAGAAAGAAGGGAUUUCUCGCAAACUUUACGACUGGCUACCAUCUAG